UAGAGGUCGACGGCCGCCGCGCCUACGUGUACCGGCCCAGGGGGGCGGACGCCACGCUGCUUCCAGCGGUGGUAGUGCUGCACGGCAGCGGCUGCAGGCCGAGCGACUACUUCGGGGUCGGCCUUGAGCCGCUGGCGGACCGGUGGGGCUUCCUGGUGGUCUACCCGGAGAUGCGCCAGCCCGGCUCGGACGAGUGGGGCUACAGGGAGGACAUUCCGUUCUUCGCCGCGCUUCUGGAGCGCUUGCGGGCCUCCGAUUUCGGCUUGGACCCCGCCCGGGUGUUUGUGAGCGGGCACUCCGCAGGUGGCACCAUGGCUCUGCUCCUACAGAACGAGGCCGCCGACCUGUUCGCUGCCUCGGCGGCCGUGUCGGCCGGUGUCGGGCACCUCGAGCAGUGGUCCUUGGCGCGGGAGGGGCGGCCGUGCCUGCUCGUCUGGAACCAUGCCGACCCCGUGCUGGCCGAGUACGGCGGGGAGCAGCUGUACAGCCAGACCGUGGAGACGCUGCGGCGGCGCGGGUCGCGGGCGCCCGUCUGGGUGGAGCCGCUGCCGCUGUCGGGCACGGUGGUGUCGGCGGAGCUCCGGAAGUACGAGCAGGACGGCGCCCCCGAGAUGUGGGAGGUCUUCUGGCGGACGUCUCCAGGCACCCACGCGUGGCCUCAGAAGCUGAUGUUUUCAGUUGACGCAUCGCAGCUGAUGGUAGAUUUCUUCUUCCGGCAGCCCACGUCUUAG